CGUGAUGUCAUAUGGCAGCAAUAACAACGAUGUUAUAAAUCAUAAAAAUGAGCACUCUGACUCGACCGAAAUCUCCUCGGACGCCAAAUUCUGGCAAAAAUUUCGACAAGGAAGAAAGUUUCUGGGACAAAAUUGGAACCCUUGGCAGAAAGAAACGUAUUAAAGAAGUCCAAGAAGUUCAGGAGGAGGGCAAAAUAGCGAUCGACUCGCCAGGUAGUCCAAAUGCUCCCAUCAUUCCACCAGAGGACUAUAAUCUUGAGGACAACGAGUCCCGUUCGAUCAUACCGCCGGCAUCCUUACAGCAUCCGCACGUCCGGGAACUGCUCCAGGUGCUUAUCGAUUGGAUUAAUGAUGAGCUGGUCGAGGAACGGAUUAUCGUCACCGACAUCGAGGAAGAUCUGUACGAUGGACAAGUGCUGCAGAAACUAUUCGAGAAGCUGACCGGAAAUAAGCUGAACGUAGCGGAGGUCACACAAUCAGCCGAGGGGCAACGGCAGAAGUUAACCGUUGUGUUGAAUGCGGUCAAUCAUACGCUUGGAUUCCAUCAUACUAUUCCUAAAUGGUCGGUCGAAAGCAUACACACGAAAAAUAUUGUCUCGAUUUUGCAUUUGUUGGUAGCGCUGGUACGCCACUACCGCGCUCCAAUUCGGCUUCCUGAGAAUGUCUACGUUACGGUUGUUAUGGCUCAGAAAAUCAACGGGAAAUUAACGAGCAAGCAGUUCCAGGAACAGAUCACCCAACAGUACGAUGAUGUGGGAAUGCGCUGCGAACGGGACGCAUUCGACACGCUUUUUGACCACGCUCCGGAAAAGUUGGCGGUAGUGAAAAAAUCACUAAUCACCUUCGUCAACAAGCAUCUGAAUAAGCUGAACUUCGAGGCGGCCGAUUUGAGUGCCGACUUCAAGGAUGGGGUAUUUCUUUGUCUGUUGAUGGGUUUGCUGGGUGGAUUCUUCGUGCCACUGCACGAGUUUCAUCUUACGCCAAAGGAUGCCGACCAGAUGGUGCACAAUGUAGGGUUUGCGUUCGAACUGAUGUUGGACCAGGGUUUGAAACCGAAGGCGAGACCAGAAGACAUCGUCAACAUGGAUCUGAAGUCCACUCUGCGUGUUCUGUAUACUCUGUUUACAAAGUAUCGCAACAUUUCUUGAACGCAAAUGGAGAUGCUAUAUGGUAGCUUAAACCGCGGUACCCGGUUCGAAUGGAAUACUGACAUCAUAUAUUCUGAAAGUGACAAUUUCAUGGGAAUGCACAAUAGGAACUAACUUCAUAGUAUUAAACCAAGUGUCUUAACAAAAUCACUAGUGAAUAACAAAGUUUUGUAACAAUGAAGCGAGAGCAUCUUUUAACUUGUUUUCCCCUUUUAGAUGGAAUGAGAUUUAUUUAUAGUGCACUUAUUGUUAGUAAGGCAAUUGUUUAUGAAAAGAUAACUUAUAAAAUUAUUUACCUAAUAAAACAUAAAAGCGAAUAAUUAA